CAGGAAAACAUGCCUCGCUAUGAUGACCGUCGCAGCAACACGCGACUUUAUGUUGGUCACCUGUCUUCGCGAACAAAGACACGUGACUUGGAGGAUCUGUUUGCUAGAUAUGGAAGAGUGUUCCACGCCUCGGCCUGUCCAUGUGGUUAACUUGGAUGAUCUUGUUGAAGGUUUCUUUCUGUCGUAAGAGGACACCCUUGGUGGACUGGCCAGUGUUUAUAGUAUUUAUGCAUAUAUUAGUGGAAAUGGCAAGAUUCCAAAGUGGUGUUUUGUUAACCUUUGAGGGGCGAAGUAUCAAUCCUUCCUGAUAUCUUGAUGGCCUUACUGUUUGUGGCAAACCGUUUGCGCAGAAUUCGUGCUGUGGAUAUGAAGCGAGACUACGCCUUUGUUGAGUUCAGUGAUCCUCGGGACGCUGAUGAUGCAAGAUAUAGCUUGGAUGGCAGAGAUUUUAAAGGAAGCCGUAUUAUCGUGGAAUUUUCGAAGGGGAUUAAUCACUCCCAUCCCUCGGUUGGACUUGCUGAGACACCACGUGCUCCUGGAGGAUCUCGUGAUUACAUGGGUAGGGGUCCUCCUCCUGGUUCUGGACGCUGUUUUAAUUGCGGGAUUGAUGGCCAUUGGGCUCGAGAUUGCAAAGCUGGGGACUGGAAGAAUAAAUGCUAUCGAUGUGGGGAAAGGGGCCAUAUAGAAAGAAAUUGUCAGAACAGUCCAAGGAAAUUAAGACGUGAGGAUUACUCUCGGUCUCCUAGUCCUCGACGUGGUCGGAGUAGGAGCCGGAGUUACAGUCGUAGUCGUAGUUACAGUAGGUCAAUCUCCCCGGUAAAGAGGGAGCGGAGUUUUGAUGAUGUUGAAAGAAGGCCAAGGAGCCCUAUUGGUAGUCGAAGCCCUAAGCGGGGAAGGAGCCCACCAUCUAGAGGAAGAGAUUACAGCCCAGUUGCUGACGAGAGAAGCCCCCUGAGAGACAAAGCUGACCAAUCCCCUGAAGAUAAGAAAUAUGCCAAUGGGUCGGAUUAUAGCAACAGCCCCAGGAGGAAGAGCAGGAGCCCUGUCAAUGAUGCUGAAGCUGAUGGUGCGAGAAACUACAGAAGCCCUGCCGAGGAAAAUGGCCGCAGUCGGAGCCCCAGCCCGAUGCCUAGGGAUGAAGAGGGCCUUGCUGGAGAUGAUGAUAAUCGCGAUUCUCCAAGAGGCAGUGAGUGAGCAUCGCCUGUGUGAUGCGCGACAUCUAGUAAUUUCCUGGUCUUGUAUGGAUAGAACUUGAUUUGGGAGUUUCGCCGCUUGUUUAGUUAACCACCAACAUUCAUAAUUUGCUUUAAGCUUUUUCUUAUAUUUUUGUGUUUCUUUCCGGAAGGGUCGUCGUAUUUAUCAGAGAUAAUUUGGGUUUGGACCUUAGAAAUAUUUUGUAAUGCUGUUUUGUUUUCUC